AUGUUCAAGGUAGAUGGAGCCGAAUAUGCUUUCUCAACUUGGUUUGCAGAAGCUAAAGAGAUAGAUUUGGUCAGUAUAAUAUUAGGAGCAGAAAAUGAAGAUGAAGCUAUACAGGAGGUAUUUUUACAAUGCUUAUAUCGGAAUUAUUCAGAAGAAGAAAUCAAUGAGACUAUAAAAUUAGCAGUAGAUGCUUAUAGAGCAUUAGAAAAUGAAGAUGAAGCUAUACAGGGGGUAUUUUUACAAUGCUUAUAUCGUAAUUAUUCAGAAAAAGAAAUCAAUGAAACUAUAAAAUUGGCAGUAGAUAAAGGAUAUAAAAACUGGUUAAAAAAAGUGGAAUAUCAAAUAGAAUCAAGAAAAUUCGAAGCUGGGAUGACCGAAGAACGAGCACAAAAAAUAUUAGAUACAAUUGAUAAUCAUGAGUAUUUAAUAAGAGUAAAAUUCAUUCGAGAGGAUACAGUAAUAUCAGAUAAGGGAACAAAAAAAGGCUUUAAAAUUAAUGAUAAAUAUGAACCUAUUUGUGAAUCAAAAAAGGCAGGUGGAAAAUACGUCAGGGGUGGACCAAACGUUAUACUUACAAAGAAAACGAAACUAAGAUUUUGGGUAGGAAUAGAUGAAAAAUUUUUGGUUAGAGAAGUCAGUGAGCAAUCUGAGGUAGGAGAGCUUGAUAGUAAUGCGGUUAUAUAUGGACUGUAUCGAAUCCGAAAGCCGAAUGUUAAUCGAUUAAUGCCUAUGAAAGAUGGGGCACUUAACUGUGUAGCUGAACGAGUAAUAGAGCAUUUUGAUCAAGCCAAAAAAGGACAUAGACUCACAGAAAUUCGUCGGCAAAAAAUAAAUAAUUGGGAGGAAAAAAUGCGCAUUCCAGGUGCUCGAGUACAAGAUGUAGCAGAGUUAGAAAAAAUUCUUAAACGACCGAUUAAAUUACUUGAUAUAACUCAUGGUACUAUAUUCAAUAGUGGAAAGUAUCGAUCGGGUAAGUAUGAAGAAAUCGGAAUAGUAGUUCAUAAUGGCCAUGCAUUUCCAAGAAACCAGCACUUCCCAAGAGAUCGAAUGGUCGAAUAUUAUAAGGGUGAUACUUGGGAAGCUAUCAAUAAUGCCCUUCAAGGUCCUCAAGCAAUCUGGCUUAUGGGAAUAGGAGAUGAAAACCAAAGAGUUUCUCAAUUUGUUUUAGAAGACGGCCGUACAUUUAGGACACGGAUAAAGCAUACAGAUAUUAUAAAAGCAUGUAAGGAAUUAUUUGAAGACGCGGUAAACUGGCAAUUUCAUGAAAAUAUAAUUAAUGAAGAAAAAAAAUCGAUUCUUUUAAAGUCUCUCAAAGUAGUUGACUUAGCAGAGCAAGUAUUUGGUGCAAACCAUGCCGGAAGCCGACUUGCUAACGAAAUUAAUGAAUGGCGUCCAAUAUCUGGAAAAAUAAAUGAUGAUAUAAAACAGGCCUGUGUAGAGCAUGGGCAUGGUGGGCGCUGGAAUGCACCCGAUUAUCGCGUCAAUGAUGUCGUAUGUAUCGAUAUGAAAGAAUGUUAUCCAGCAAGUAUGCGAGGUCAAGGAGAUUGCGCGCCAUGGUUCAAUCGAUUUGGGCACCCAACACAUCAUCUUGUCCGAGUAGCAGUAAAUGGAAAGUUACCGAAAGAUGAUAUCACCGGAUUUGCGCAGGUAAGAUCUUUUAAAUUUGCAACAAAUAUACAUUCAGCGAUUCCCGUCUGGUACGGAAAACAUUUUGCGUGUCGAAGUGGAGAAGGAUGUGGGAAAGAAAAAGGAUGGGUACCUAUUGUAAUUCUACGAUAUAUUCUUGAGGUUGGUAUUCUAGAAAGUGUAACUAUUGGAGAGGCAAUAAUUUCUCUUACUAAACAGACCAAAGUAUAG